AUGCUACCAAGUAAUCCCACGGCGGAAAACGUACCCCUGUCGUGUAUCAAAGCAAACGUAGCUACCUCGGUGCACCAGCUUUUACCGACUCUUCCAUCCAUUGGAAAGCGAGAUGCUUCGUCAUUCGAGAAACCGCAAACAAAGGUGAAAUCGACGGUGAAACGAUUACUGCCAAACAUCCCCAUGCCGGAGAAGCUCUCUCUGCCAAGUAUUGAGCCGACUGUGGUGAAGGCACAGCUGAAAGGUUGUUCGCGACGACAACGAUUCUUGCCGAGUGUUCCUGUGCUUCCAACGAUUAAGAGACAGCUAUCGCCAGUCCUUGAAGAAAUGGAGGCAACCACGGAAGGUGUUCAUACGGCGGAGGGCGAACAGACGAAAGGAGUUCAUCCUGUAGAGACUGCUCAGUCAAAAGUUCACAGUCCCCCGGAAGGGAACAUGUUGCAAAGUCGUGAGAUGAAACAGAAAGAUAACAGUCUGUUCGAUCCGAAUGAGGAGGCUGUGGCACCAAAGGCUGCAUUGGAGUCAGCGGGAGAGGAAAGGCCUCCGAACCAGAAUGAUUAUUUGCCAGAAAAUUACAGAACAAAGAGGAUAGAAACGAAACAAAAACCAAAGAAGAUUACAAAAGGGAACCAGAAAUGUUUUGAGGAACAAAUGUUGCCAAGUCUUAAACCGAUUGACAAAACAUUUUUGGAAAACCCUAAGACAGCACUGGAACACCAUCCGGGAUUUUUGGUAACCAGGAAGACUGCAAUAAUUAGGCCAAGGGAUAAAGCGCAUCUGGCGUUCUUUCACCCAACAAAAGAGCUGCCUCACAGAAUCCCUAAACUGCCAUUGAAAAAGCUAUUGCCUAGCUUUAGGCAGACACUAGAUGAGUUCCCUAGUCGUCAGCCAAGUAUAGAAAAAGAUAGCUCAGGAUUCACUGAGAACCGGCAGGCCAAGAGCCAACAAAUUUUACGAACAGAGGGACUGCGUAGACUGCAACAUACAGUGGGAUACAUAGGAACUUUGGUAGCCAGGGAAAUGAAAUCAAGUCUGCUGGAAAUUUCGGGGGAGCAACCUCUGACGAAAGAUCAAGAGACAGCAGGGGUGCCAAGAAAGACAACAGUCAAGUCUUUCAGCCCACAAAAUGUAUUGGUAGAAAACAAGUUUUCAAGAACUUCAGCUGUGAGGGGAACGGAAAUUUCGGUAGGGCAGGGUGAAGCGCUAUCACGUCUCCAACGUCCACUAGAAAAUAUUCCUUCAAAACCUUUACAAAAGCGAGCUAGGCGAAGCCAGACAGCUACAGAAACAGAAUUGAUACCUAACGUGAAGCCCCGUCAAAAAGACACCCCAUUGAGCUUUCAACCAAAACCAGGAGGUUAUGCCUUUCGUAACAUUAAACGCGGAGAGUUCGAACAGCUACACCGUCUUCGACUUGUGGCAAACCGAAACUGGGAAAAAGAGGAAGAUUCUGGCGGCAUCUUGACCGUAAAACCAGCUUUACCCGGCAUUCAGUCAGACAAAGAAAACGUGACGAAGGCAAGAUCUCAUCUAUCACAGCCCACGAUAGAGAAAGGCCCUACAAGUGCUCAACCGAGCGCCAAAAGACAGCAGUCUAA